UUGCAAUGCCGAAACACACCUCUUUUAAUUAACGGUGGCAAGUGACGAUUAAUUAACUGAAUUGAGUUACUCUGGCUAAUUAGAUCUGCUGCAUCCGUGGGCGAAGUAAAUGUGGAGAGGGAAACAAAAGAUUAUCGUUCUUGAUUAAUUCGAACUGAAAUAUUGACAGACAUGUGACUAUUUUUUAAAACAUAAACAUAUAAUUUUAUAGUUUAUAGUGAAUAGAUUUUGACAAGUUUUCAUGACACAAAAUGGUAUUAUCAAGAAAUGGCAUGAUUCACCCUUGCAUCAAAGAGGUAAUAUUUGUUGCUGGAGUCUCAGGAACGACAUCUAGGCCGAUUACAAAACGAGUGGCCGAAUUGCCCUCGUUACGUUAUGGGCCGAUUGGUGCCCGAACCACCGGAACUGGACCUCUGAGGGUUACCACGACACAUUACCACGAAUCGGAUACGAUCCCUAAGAGGUCAUCUAAAAAGUCCAACAUCAGUAAUGAUACUGGAUCAUUCAAGCCCGUAAGGCCGCCCCGCCGCGUGCGCUUCAGCCUCCCGUCGCCAGAUGGGGACGUUACGACGCCCUCGCCGCCGGCUCUUCCGCCGCCGUCGUCGGCCGACGUUCAGCAGCCGCAGCACCGGCAUCAGCGGAACCGCGACGUUGGCGUCGCCGGCGUCUGGAACAUUUCGAACGGCGGCGGUGCGAGUCGCGCGUUUAGUCACAGCCAUCCGUCGGAUGUGGUGGUCUCACGCAGGUCCGUUAGUGCCGCGAAACUCAACGGAGAACGCGCGAUCGUCGGCAACAAUAACAGCGGGUCUUUGGUCACUUCCAAUAAACGAAACAGCUUUCCACUGAGUCUUGGCCAGCAACGCAGGUGUGCGUCCGUGGUGGAAGUAGCGACCUCCCCAGGUGCCCGGUGCCGCGUUCAUCCCACCGCCAAGUACGCUUACGGCACCCUGUCACCGACGGCCAGCGCAGCAGCGCCCCAGGGGGCGGACGCCCAGCCGCCGUCGCCGGGCGCCCACGCUCUUCUGGCGGCCGCCCGCGAUUGCGAGGAUGCCGUUCUCAAGGAUUACUUGCGGAGGGCGACGUUGGUCGGACUGCCCGAGGAGGAUCUCAAUGCCGUUGAUCCCAGCGGAAGGACUGUGUUGAGUUACAUCGCCUCAAAUGGGUCAAUAGAUUUAUUGGAGUUGAUACUUCAGUUACCGGGUUUGGAUCCGAACAAGGCUGAUAAUGAGGGGAACACUCCAUUGCAUUUUGUUGCUCAAGCAGGACAAAUGGAAUGCCUAAACUGUAUGCUGAGUAGAUGCAGAGGAAUUGAAAUAGACGCCAGAAACAAUUUGGGAUUCACUCCAUUAAUGAAGGCUGCCCUCCAGGGCAGGAACAAAUGUGCCAAACUCUUACUUUUUGCAGGUGCAAAUCCUACGUUGAGGGAUAAUGGACGGGGAUUUAGAGCUGACCAGUGGGCCCGAUUCUGUGGUAGGUACGUAUGUGCCGAUGUGAUCGAAAAGUAUGCCAGGCAAAGACUGUUGGAGAGGUCCACAUCCUAUGGAAACUGGGGAGGCGACCACGAACUGGGGGCAAGAGUAUUGAUGGGGAAGGUGGUACCUGUACCUCCAAUGCCACAACAGAGCUCCAAUGGUUUGAAAUCAAAACUGCGAAAGGUGUUUCGAACGUCUUCCGGUCCCGGCAAUGCGAGUGAUUCCUUCUCCAGUGCCCGUCUUGUCACCCAGCUGACUUCAGCAGCCCUUUGCGCCAGUUCACCCGUUCUUCCUUCCGCACCCACCGUACCGCCCGUCGUCAAGUCUUUAAUCAGACCUCUGACGGUGCCUCGGCUUCAGAUCACUCUCGUCAACAACAACGGCGACUUUCCCAACAACAACGUCAACACUAACGACGCACCCAAGGUGUCCGCAGCGAACCAGUCGUGCGGCAAUGGCAAAACGGUCGACGAGGUGCCGGUGGUGAAGCCCGUCAGGACGAAGAAAAAGAAAUAGCACGAAUGCCAUCUCUGCACAUGGUAGAGGAAUCUUAAGACUUCAAGAGACUGGUUUUUAUUAAUAAUAUCUUACAUAAGAAGAUAGUAGUUUGUCUGUUGUAUAACAUAAAUUUAUCUAUAUAUAUUGAAUUCAGUACGGAGCUUUGAAAGAGUGAAGUUUAUCUUUUAGAUACGCGGGUGGCCAAAACAUCGACGAAAAUUAUAUGUUGCUCUUCCUUGUUAAUUAGACGUAAUCUGGUUAACAGAAAAUUUUGGCCGUUUAUGUAUUGUGAUUCUGUACUUAUAUCAAUUUUAAUAUCGAUUUAUUAAUUUUAUUUACAAAACUGUUCCACGUGCCUUAUUAAUUUUUAACUAUUUCUGUAUGUAAAUUACAUAUUUAGUUGAAAAGCAUUUAUUUAGCUUAGUUUAUAUUAUCUAUACAUAUAUUUUAUCGAUUUAAUAUUGUACUGUUUAGCUUGGUUUUGUAAUCAGUGGGUUAUUUUGACAAUAAAAUUUGUAAGUGUUUAAAUAAUUGACGUUCCUUAAUUGUACAGUGUUUUGCAGCUGGAAUCUUGUUUGAAUAUUACUGUUUAUUUAAUUUAGUUUUUGGUGUAGUAAAAUAUCAGUCAAAAUCAUUAUUUUCUUAUAUUUACUUUUGUUCGUGUUUUAAAAAAUAGUAAAAAGCACAUUUAUUAAAAAUACUAAUUAUAACAUACAUCUUUGUUGCAAAACACUUGCCAAGUUUAAGGUACUAUCAAUGAAUAUUAAAUUUAUAUCACCUUGAUAUUAUCAUAUCACUUAAAUACAUUUUUUGUUCAUAUUUGUUUUAUAUAUUUAUUAAAUAAUGUAUAUUUUUUUCUUUUAAAAUUAGAAAAUUUUACCCUACUUUUUAUACUUAAGAAUCUUUAAAUAAUAAAAAUAUGGCACGUGUUGUCAUUGGAAUAAUCAUUUUUAUUAUCCUGAAAAUUUCUAAUAGAUGAACACUUCAUUUAUGCACAAGAUUGAAUUUAAAUUUAAACAAUACUUGACCAGCAUUUAUCCAUGGUUAUCAAUAUAUUAUGUGAUACUAGUUAUUUCGUCUGACAAUAUGUAUGUAGUGAUUUUGGAUUACGUUCUACACAAUUCGUAAGCGGAUUGUAACCCUUUAAUUGAAAUAAUAUUAACAAUUCUCAAAUCUACUAUAAUCCAAAAUCUUCACGUGAAUAUUAUUAUUUAUAAAUAAAUUGUAAGUUAUAUUACUAACUGUGUAUGUGUUAUAUUAAUAUAUUGUUGUAAAGAUUGGGAUCAACAUUUUUUUAAAGUUAAA